AUGGAUCCACUCGUGACGAACCUCGUCGAACCACAAGACGAUUCAUCGCAAGCGCCUUCAAAACCAGCGGAAGACGUGAAGCCAGAAGACGACCACUUGAUACUCAAGCCAGUACAAGAACGAACUCAUCACGAUAUCUCCGGGGAUCUCGGCUUCGCUCUCACGAAGAAAGCUAUCCUAGCAGGGAGCGUACAAUCCUCGGGAAGCAGCAUUGAGGAAGACUCAUCUGAGCAUGACACGGCGACACCCAGCAGCAGCGCACCGCCAUCAGAAAGCGGUAAUCUGGACUGCAUAAUCCAUCACUUCACCUCAAGCACUGCGAUAGCCGAUCUCGUACCGGAGCUUUUCACUGAAAACAUCAUGGCCAAAGUCCUUCGAACCGCACAGGCUGCUAUGUCCUCCCUUCCUACCGCAUUUCCAGAGAUUGUCCCUCAGCAGGACAAUCACGAUGGUAGCUAUAGCUUACGUGAAGCUGACUUUUGGACUUGUGGCUUCUUUCCUGGGACCAUGUACAACAUGUUGGAGAGGCUCAUCAAAUACCCUCAGCAUAUGCAUCUCUCUAGUUCGAUUGAUCUGAACCAUCUCCGAAGUCAACUCACUGUCUUAUGUCGCACAUGGGUCGAGCCAAUUCGAGGUAUGGACGAGCGAACCGAUACCCAUGAUAUCGGUUUCAUUGUCAUGCCAGCACUCCGUACUGACUGGGAACUGUUCGGAAACCAGCAGAGUCUGGAUUCUAUCGUCAAGGCUGCGCAUAGUCUGGCGAUGCGAUAUGUUCCUACAGCUGGUGCUAUCAGAAGCUGGGACUUGCUGAAGAAGAAGAACAUAGAGAUAAUCGACCAAGAUGAGAACAUGAUCGUUAUCAUCGACAGCAUGUGCAAUCUCGACUUGCUGUAUUAUGCGGCACAUCAUGCGCAAGACUCCAAACUUGCGGAAAUUGCCACUACCCACGCUGCCACACUCUUGCACAGCCAUCUGCGCCCCGAGUCAAUGCUAUCCGCAUCGAAAGAUGCCUACAGAGGUCAAUGGUAUUCGACUUGCCACGUCGCAAACAUUGAUCCAAGGACAGGCGAACUGAAGCAACGAAUAACGGCACAAGGUUACGAGCACGAUUCAACAUGGAGUCGUGGCCAGGCAUGGGGUAUACUUGGAUACGCGGAGACGUACAUGUGGACAAGAGACCAUAGGUUUCUGGAGGCAGCCUGUGGACUCGCAGAAUAUUUCGUGUAUCGUCUGGAGACAUCACCUGUCUGUGUAUCUUGUGCGCGCUACGUGCCUUUGUGGGACUUUGAUGCACCAAUCGAGAACGAGGAUGAACCGUUGCGCGACUCUUCUGCAGGCACCAUCGCCGCUAACGGAAUGCUAUUGCUAUCGCAAGCAUUAGCGGGUAUCGGGCAGACUCAGUUGUCACUGAGAUUUCGGAACACAGCGUUGCGCAUAGUUCAAGACACACUCAGCUUUGCGCUGGCAUCAGAAAAGGCUCGGCUCGUCAGUGGUUCAUAUCAUCAGAUUCGUGCGGAGGAGACAAUGCCAGAACGUCGUUACGAUGGGAUGUUGAAGUUUGGAACUGCAAACAACAAUGCGAAUGCGCGAGAAGAAUGCGAAUACGAAUCGAAACGUAUCAAGCCGGGCUUAAAGUCAGGAGCUAUUGACAAUCUGCAUAGAAGGAUUGACGAGUUAGAACAGCGCUUCAACGCGCAAGAAUCUCAUCUUAAACAGUGCAACCACGACUCACCACAUGAAACUGGACAUACACGUCAGAUUUCAAGCGAGUCGGCAGCUUACAGCAUCUUGGCUCUGUUGGCCAAGGAACUGCCCAAGCUGACUGAUGGCUUAUCGAAUGGAGGAAUUGUCACGCCGGCAACAAACGAGGAGAGCAACAAAAGGAGACGUCUAGCAGACAAAGACAAUGUUAUUCUCCAUACGUUGGACUCAGAUGAAGUGCCUCCUCUACCCCAGGCUGAAAUGCUGGAAGCUAUCGUUGCAGCAUACUUUUCCCAUGUUCAUCCUUGGAUCCCGAUGAUCCAUCAGGCCAGGUUUUUUCAACGCUUCAGCAUAGAGCAGCAGCGCAGAAAGCUCUCAGUGGUCAUACAAGCUAUGAUUCUAGCCGCUUCCAAAUUUGUACCUGGUUCACGAGGGGGUCAUGUUGAACAAGCGCGCAGGUGGGUUGUUUGCACAGCUAUGGAGACUCUAUCACUUGAGAGCCUCCAAGCGCUGACUAUACUGGCUUUCGAUGAUAUUGGGAACGGACAAGCAUCAAAAGCCUGGGCCAUCAUCGGAUCAAUGACGCGUACCGUUGAAUACAUGGGCUUGGCACAGGAGCAAGAGGAUAGUGAGCUUCACCCUUUUUGCCAAGCAUACGCAUGCCUAGAGAAUACCGACGAUUGGACAGAAGAGGAAGAACGGCGGAGAGUCUUCUGGAAUGUUUUCCUCCUUGAUCGAUUCUGCUCGGUAACUAUGGGCUGGAGUACGAGUUUAACCUCUGAUGAUGUCUUUCGGAGACUGCCCUGUGACGGUCACCUGUGGCGCAAGCAGAAUGCUGUCUUGACGCCUUACUUCGGCAUUUGGGACAAGUCAAAAGGUCGCAUCGGCAACCCGAUCGGCUUCAUCUCACAGCCUAUAUCUCUGAUCGAUGAGUCAUCCGCCACUGAGACUGCAGCCCAUGGCCAGAUGAGAGGGACACCAUCAAUCGACAUGGGUCAAAACGGAGCGGCAGAUAUGUCCACGGUCGGUGCUUUUGCGUACAACAUCGAAGCAACCGAGUCUAUGAGUCGCGUAGUGAGCUAUUUUCUUCAACAAAAAGUCAAUGUUCGAAACCAAGGCGAGAUCAGCUCUUGGCUCACUCGAUUCAAAGAGCUAGAUCUUCGCUUGGUGCAUUGGAAGAUGCUGCUACCUCAGAAAUGGAAGGCCAAUCCUAACUUAACAAGACAGGUUCCCUUGAUGGACCCGAAUUUAACUACAGCUCAUGUCACACAUAACGCUUCGAUGAUACUGCUUCAUCAGCUCAUCGCUUAUCCACCCCCACACUGGGGCUUUCGAAACCGGUUACCUAGCACUUGCAGCGCAGAGGCUUGCUACACUGCUGGUAUUGAAAUUGCAACCAUUACAGAGAAAUACCUCACAAAGUCGUCGCCUACAUCACCGGUUGGAUGCCAGUAUGCUUUCUGCCUGUUCGUUGCCGCCAGGGUACUUUUAGCUCAUUGGCGCUACACACGUGAGAACGACCUGGCGCCCGAGUUCUGGUCCAUCUUGCACAGCCUUGAAGAAAUGUCAAGGCGAUGGAUCGCCUUUUCUGGUCGGUCGCAUUGCGAGGAGAACCUGUUCAGCCAGUAUCACCGUCGGCUAAGGAGACUACAUGAGCUCUGCGCAGAAGACGAAAACUUCCGACUUAACAUUAUGGACUAUACCAAUGAUCUCGAUCAUCGUUUUGGUACCAGUGAGCCAUCGCAAUCUUUUCGCACAUGGCCAAAUGUAGGGGUGACUCUGCCGUUGGACGACUUGGGCUUACCCUUGCUGAGUCCGGAGUUCAACACCGAUCCGAUGCUUGAUCAGGAUUUCAUAGACAUGGACCGUGUCAUUGCUUUCGAGGACGGCAGCAUGUUCACUUCGUCAUUCGAUCUUGGGGCCAAUGGGUGGUAA